UAUGGUGUUUCAUCACUUUCAUAUGGUGUUUUAAGUUCUUUAGUUAUCCACAAAAAUUGUAUUAUGAUGCUUCGUAUACCCAAUUGCACAACAAUUAAAAUUAUUUUAAUUUUGUUGGUAGUAAAUAUUUUCUGGCUUGUUAGAGUAUAUCCACCGAGCGGAAUAGACUCCAACGGAGGUACCAUACAAUCAGUAAAGGAUAUAUUACCUGCUACGCAAAAACAAACUCCACGCCACCAGUUAGUAGGUUUUCAACUGCCAACAACGCAAUUAGAAAGUUUUACACACACAAACACAAAUACAGUAUUAACUUUUGAAAACAUUAAUCUAAGUUAUGGUCGUUGGGAUAACCAGCAUAUUUAUAAGAUAAAGGACUUUGCUCUUGUAGGGGAACAAUACGCAGAUUCGUCAAAAAGUAGUUUAGUGUGCCUAGCAACCCAAAGUUCUAUAGAGCGAUUAUUCUGGCUUCCACAAGUUGCAGACAAUUGGCGCGGGCCGAUAUCAGUUGCUAUAUUUUCCGCUGGUCAUGAGGAGUAUACGAUUUUACGGUACUUUGUAACGUAUAUGCGUCUCUGUUUUCCGAAUAUUAGAGCAAAUACCACAUUUCACAUAUUAGUUCCAAGGGAUUAUGAAAAAUUACCAAAGGUCUUGACUGAAUCUUUCAAUGUUAAAACAAAGUUUUAUUGCCAACACCCUGAAAGGACAUUAAAAAUAUUGUUAAAACUUAGAUCUAUUAAUACGUUAGAAUGGCGACAGAAAAAUACAUAUCCUCAAAAUCAUUUGCGUAAUGUUGGCCGUAAGGGUUGUCAGACUAAGUAUGUGUUUUUAACAGAUAUUGAUAUAGUCCCAAGCAUUAAUAGUGUAGUACAACUAAAUAAUUUCUUUAAAAAUGUUAUUUGUGAUGGGAGUUGUGCAUAUGUAAUUCCAACCUUCGAAAUAGAUGUUCGUGCAACAUUUCCACGAACAAAAUCAGCUCUUGCAAUAUUAAUAAAAAAGGGUUUAGCGAGACCAUUUCAUGAAAAAGUUUUCAUUUACAACCAAUAUGCAACAAAUUUUUCAAAAUGGCUAUCAAAAAUUGAAAAUGAAACCUCUGUGACCAUAAGCCAUACUGUAACAAAUUUUGAGUUCCUCUAUGAGCCAUUCUACUUAACCGUUGAUAAUGCGCCUGCACACGAUGAAAGAUUCAACGGAUAUGGGUUUACAAGAAACUCUCAAGUUUAUGAAAUGUAUGUGGCUGGAUUCAAAUUUUAUGUACUUUCUCCAGUAUUUACCUGUCAUUGGGGACUUCAGAGAAAGCAGGCAAGACCCGCAUGGAGAGAACAGCAAAACAAUGCAAAUAGAAAGAAAUUUGAUGCAUUCAAAAGCGAAAUAUUUGCUCGCUAUAAAAAUAAUCCUCAUUUAAAAAUAAAAUAAA